AAAACCAAACUUCAUUAGCCAAAAAUAUCACUAGCCAUCCCCAAUAUUCCCAAUCUCCGAAUUCUCAAUGGCAAUGGCAACACAAGCAUCCCUCUUCACUCCAGCCACCCUCUCUGCCACAAAAUCCAGCGACCGAGUCGCGGUAACAUGGAGACAAUCAUCAUUUGUAACACUCCCUAGCUUCAAGUCAAAAACAUUUGCUGCACCACGUACCAUUAAGGCAGAAGCAACCGAAGAGAAAGCUGAGACUGCCACAAAGGAGGCUCCAGUUGGGUUCACCCCACCAGAGCUUGACCCAAGUACCCCAUCACCAAUAUUUGGCGGCAGCACUGGUGGGCUGUUACGCAAGGCACAAGUAGAAGAGUUUUAUGUGAUUACAUGGGAGUCACCAAAGGAACAAAUAUUUGAAAUGCCAACAGGUGGUGCUGCCAUCAUGAGGCAAGGUCCAAACCUGCUUAAAUUGGCUAGGAAAGAGCAGUGCUUGGCUCUGGGAACUAAGCUUAGGUCCAAGUACAAGAUUAAGUACCAGUUUUACAGGGUGUUCCCCAAUGGGGAAGUUCAGUAUUUGCAUCCCAAGGAUGGAGUGUACCCUGAGAAAGUGAACCCUGGUCGCCAAGGUGUGGGACAGAACUUCAGGAACAUUGGAAAGAAUGUUAACCCAAUUGAGGUCAAGUUCACUGGCAAGCAAGUCUAUGAUCUGUAAGGUGAAAAGCUGAAUUGUUAUGAUGUAUUAUUUGUGAUCAUGUUCAAAUCUAUUUAAUGUUUGCUGUAAUUUUAAUACUCUAUUCAAACAUCAAAUAGCAAGGGUUCGUAAUAUUUUUUUAAUGCUUUUAGCAUUUAAUGGAUGCAAAAUAUAUAGAAUUUCACACACCAUAAUCAUAAAUUCUUCCCUUUCUACUGUUGCUCUAGGCUAGAGGGAGG